UUCUCCUUUUCCGUUACACGAGGUCGUCGUUAUCCUGUUCGGCUUCUUCGUGGGCUUGGGCCGGCCCAUCGCCCAAACGGAAGAGAGAGAUCGAUCACACACUGGGUGGUGGGUGAAUUGGCACGCCGCGACGCGCCGCGAGGCCACCAGGCACCAGCAACGUUAGCUUAGCUUCUGCGUGUGGCCGUGGGCGCCCGCGCGCGGCAUGACGACCGCCACCGCCAUCGUCGCCGGCCAUGGCCUCGCUCUGCGCCGGAGCCUCCCGCUCCCUAACUCUCCAGGGCGACCCACCUCGGUCUCCCUCUCCGCGCGGCCCCUCCCACACGGUCGCCAACGCGUGAUUGUUCCGGCCUGCCCGUCGCCGCGGCCGUGCCGGUGCCGGUCCAUCUCCUCCGAGAGCUCCACCGCCGCCUCCGCGGCGGCCGACACCGCCGAAGAAGAGGAGGACCCCGAGAAGUCCGUCGACGAGGAGGCGGAGGAGGAGGAGGAGGUGGACCCGAAGGCGGAGGUGUGCUACCUGGACCCCGACGCGGACCCGGCGGCGAUCCGGGAGUGGGAGCUGGACUUCUGCUCGCGGCCCAUCCUGGACGCGCGCGGCAAGAAGGUGUGGGAGCUCGUGGUCUGCGACGCCACGCUGUCGCUCCAGUUCACCCGCUACUUCCCCAACAACGCCAUCAACAGCGUCACGCUCCGCGACGCGCUGGCCGCCGUGCCAGAGGCGCUGGGCGUGCCGGUGCCCGACCGCGUGCGCUUCUUCCGGUCGCAGAUGCAGACCAUCAUCACCCGCGCCUGCGGCGAGCUCGGCGUGAAGGCCGUGCCGAGCCGGCGGUGCGUGUCGCUGCUGCUGUGGCUGGAGGAGCGGUACGAGGCCGUGUACAGCCGCCACCCGGGGUUCCAGGCCGGCACCAGGCCGCUGCUCGCGCUCGACAACCCGUUCCCCACCACGCUACCCGAGAACCUCGUCGGCGACAAGUGGGCGUUCGUGCAGCUGCCCUUCUCCGCUGUAAGAGAUGAGGUGGAAUCCCUGGAGAGGAGGUACGCUUUCGGCGCGGGGCUCGAUUUGGAGCUGCUGGGGUUCGAGCUCGAGGACAGCACGCUGGUCCCUGGAGUCGCCGUGGAAUCAUCUCGCGCCAAGCCUCUAGCUGCGUGGAUGAACGGUCUGGAGAUCUGCGCGAUGGAGGCGGACACGGGCAGGGGGAGCCUGAUCCUGUCGGCGGGGGUGUCGACGCGGUACAUCUACUCCGGGUACCAGAAGACCCCCGCGGUGACGCAGGAGGCGGAGGCCUGGGAGGCGGCCAAGAAGGCCUGCGGCGGCCUCCACUUCCUGGCCAUCCAGGAGAACCUCAACUCCGACGGCUGCGUCGGGUUCUGGCUCCUCCUCGACCUGCCCCCGCCGCCUGUAUGAUCCACCCGCUGGAUGCGUAGCCUGUACUGUAUUGUACCCUGAAUUUUGCAGGAAAAAAUGGAAGUAGCAAUGUGUAGUGCCAGCACAAGAUUCUUGGGAUCGGUAUACGAGAUUUCGUUUCCCCCCUUUUGCUUGUUCAGUACUCAUCAGUGGUUUUGUUGCCA